AACUGAACUUCUUCAGCAACUUUUGGUAGCGAUCAGAACCAUUUACCAUGUAUCUGUCCAUCAUAGUUAGGGAUACUUACGAUCACGUUCACUGUCACGGCAAGAACUGACGCGUUAGUUUUCUAGUUGAUUUACUGUUAAAUUUUACACGUAAAAUUUAUAAAACAAAUGCUAUCUAUUUUAUUUAAAAACACCUAUAAAAUCAACAAAAAAACUUAAAAACAACAACCAAGCCGUGUCUAUUUUAAUCGCUGCCCGUUGAAGAAUCCCAAAGAGAGAUGAAUACCAGAUCGAGAUCGAGGUCGAAAUGAUAAUGAAAAUGAGGAUGUGAUGAUGUAGGGAGGACGAGGUCGAAGACGAAGACGAAUAUGAAGAUGAUGUUGAUGUUGAUGGGUAGCCAGGCUGGAUUCGUUAGGCCCGGACCCACGAGUUGAAUUUGAAUAUGAAUAUGAGUUUUUAAACGAGUUUUGUGAGUUUUGAUGUUCUUUUUUCGUUCGUUAAAUCUCGCAGGACCAGGAGAGAGAGAGGCAAACCUAUAGCAAACUAUUGUUAGGGACAUUUAACUGAGAGCCAAUUAUUUAUCCUUCUAUAAACACAAUAUUUAUCGUUAUGCAUAUCUAUCGUUCGUUAUUCAGUUUCAAUUUCAAUAUCAAUUACGAUUAUCAGUUAUGAGUUAUCAAUAUUAUUGCAAGUUAUCGAGAGUUAGGCUAAUAACAAAGAAACAUUAAGUUCAUUCACUCAAAUUGUUUAAUGCGAAUUUACAUAACUUAAUCACCACCACUACCACAACUUUCUGCUUAUGAACUAUCAAAGCGUUAUAAACCACCCAAAACAAAGAAAACAACAACCCAAUAUGAUAUCUGAAAUAUGAAGAAACGAUCAAACAACCAACCCAGUGUUUCUAGUUAAUGCGUUUCGAAGCUUCGAGGAGGAUCCUCUUCCCCCCCAGGGUGGGGAUGGGGGGGUUUGGAUGAUUUAGUUUGAAUAAGGUACCCAUAACCACUAGUACCUAGGCUGAUCGGAAGAAGCCACACUUUAUACCAUGUAUGUUACUUACACUCAACACUCAACACUCGACACGAGCACACACCACACACCAAUCCAUUUCAAAAUGCAACAUGCAACAAGUUGUUAAAUGCGAAUCGAAUCUUUACUUCAGUAUAAAUUAAGCUAUACACGGCAAAAUGAAGAAUUCUAAACAAAUUAUAACCCGGUCAGAAAUAUUAACAAAAAAAACUAUCUACAAAAAUAGUAAACAAGUAACUGUUUUUAUACAACAUAACUAGAUGAUGAUACGAUGACGAAGUCUUGGAAUAAAGCAUAAGCGAGUCGUCUUGAAAAAACAACUAAUCCAUUGCAGUUUGACUUUCUCAGGGGAGGGGGCUCUCGGGGGUAUGGACCUCGCAAUAUCUGACUCAGCUGAGCCGUGCCGGAAACCAGUUACAGGUCAAAACAAAACCACCGAUAAAACUGGGGAGCCAACAAAGCGGAGCGCAGUGGCAAACUCCCCACACUUGGCCAAGUCGAUGGCCAAAGCCGAAACCUUCGGGGUACUAGUUUUCAGUUUUCAGUCGAGUUUCGAGGCGCACGCAUGCGCAAUACGAUGUGAAAGUCAGCCACGAUUGCCACAUCCAAUUGAAAAUUACUUUUUGCAGUAAUCUGGUUAUUCCGGGAGGGAAAACCAGAACUAUGACUCAAGUGGGACACCUUUUGUGGUUCACGGCAGCCUGCUGGAUUACUUCAUUUUUAAGUGGCGCUGAUGCACAGCAUCUGAUCGCAUAUAUCUCACAAAGAGGUCUGCAUGGAGAGAUUACUUUCCGGCAAAUGAAUGCCACCAGGGUGGAAAUCAAGGCUAGUCUAGAGGCCACUCUUCAGUAUCCCGAUCAAGUAUGGAGUUGGGGAGUACGCCGAUUCCCAGUGGAUUACACUAAUAUCGAUCCCGAAGAUCGUUGCGAACUGAAUCGCUUGGGUUCCCAAGUAGUAAGCUUCGAUGAGGAUCUGGAAUACCUGGUGCUCCCUGGAAAUGAAACUUCCACAUGGGAGCGGAACAUGCAGCUGAUUGGAGAUCGAGGAAUCUGGGGCAAAUCGUUGGUCCUUACGGAGAUCAACUCCAAUGCCAGGAUUUGCGCCACCAUCACCACCAUCCAAAGUUCCGUAGAACAUAUGGCAGAGGCCCGUUUCAACACACCCGUAGCCGGAUCCGUUCACUUCCGUUGGUUGGCUCCGGCGGAAGGAGCUGUUGGAGAUACGUUGAUUUACUCCGAUCUGUACCAUAUCAGGGAACAACCACCGGCUUUGGAGGAGGAUAAAAGUCAAGCGGCAUCUUUCACCCAACACCACUGGAAGAUCUAUGUGACGGACAUCUUUAAGCAUGAUCACCACCGUACCGAGGAUAACUGCAACUUCCUGCAGCUGGUUUUCGAUCCCCAAGGUGGUGGAGCAGGAAAUGGCAUUGGUGAUCUAGAUGCGCGUCUUGGAAGGAUUGGGGUGGCCAAAAAUUCUCUUCGUUCGCCACAGCGCAGUGUUUUUAGGGAUGCUCAGCUGGCUCUGUUGCCUUCAGAUCUCACCAUUCCCCACAGGACCCUCUACUUGGUGCUUUUUGAUAACCAGCAUCCGGAUUCGUAUCUCGCUUGUACCAAGAUUCGGCAUGUCCAACCACUGACAUACAAAACUUUCAUCAACUCCGGCGGUGUCAAGGGGGAAGUAACCUUCAUGCAGCGCUCCAAAUUCGACCCCACUUUCCUCAAUUUCACCUUGGGAGCACCACUUUCCCAGCAUGUCAGUCGAAAGUUUGCCGAAGAUGUGGCCGCCUUCCGGAUACACAGUCUGCCACCAGUGCCACAAAGGAUGGGUCACGAGGACUACUGUCUGACCACUGGAGACAUGCAUAAUCCCCGCGAGACAAAUGACAAUAUACCGCCUCCCGGUUAUGGAACCCAGGAGCAGUAUCCCUUGGGCGAUCUCUCUGGGAAGCUGCAGGGUCGCAACAAGGGUUACUGGCAUCAGUACGUUUUGCCCGGAACGAGUUCCGAGUUAAAUGGCCUCUAUUGGGAUGUCUUCCUGCCCCUUCAAGGACGUCAUAGCAUUGAUCAGAGGAGUUUGGUCAUAUACACAUUCAAUAGAACUGAUGUCUCAAAUAUCACAAAAAGUAUAUGGGGCUGUUCUAGUUUGGGGCAAUAUCAGCGGAAUGGGGUGUAUCAGCAGGACAUGGUUACGGCUCAGGUUCUUUUCCGUUAUCCUGUGGUGGGUCGUGUGAUCUUCCGACAGCCGGCGGAGCAGCCUUGGCAGGACACCACUGUACUAUUUGAGUACCUAAUCCAGGCGGAUGGAUCCACUCAGAAUACGACCUACGAACACCGCUGGGCAAUCCACAGUAAUGCGCCUGGGAAGGACUUUUACGAUUGGCAGCAGCGCUGCAUCUCCGCAGGACCCGUCUAUAAUCCCUUCCGAGUGGACUGGGGCAAUCGUAGUGUGGAUGACUUCUGCCAACCCAACUUGCCCUCGAUGUGCCAAAUGGGCGCCAUGGAUGCGAGGUCGGGCAGACUCACCAUCGCCGGAGGCAGAAGGGUGGCCCAGAAAAUUAGCAGGAGGAUGUUUGUGGAUGGAAAUCUUCCGCUCUCUGGUCGGCAUGGCAUCCUGGGGAAAUCCCUGGUCAUCUAUGAGGAUAGUGGGCCAAAAGCCAGGGGCGAACGAUUGGCCUGCUCCGCGGUGAUUGGACACUUCCGGAGGAAAGUGGUGGCCAAGGAGUGGUACGCCAACGGAGAUCCUUUGACUGUUAGUGGUCGGGUAGAGAUCACCCAGCAAUCGGAGUACGAUGUCAGCAAUGUGGAAGUGCAACUUAAGGGACUGCAAGAUAACACUGGCUAUCACAUUCACAGGACUCCCGUGGAAGCCAAUUUAGCCUUUCCCUGCGAGUCCUCCACUUUAUAUGGCCACUGGAAUCCCUUCGACGUUAGUCCAAAGUCAUCACCUCCUUCUAGAAGGGGCACCACUGACCAAUACGAGAUGGGAGAUCUGAGUGGAAAAUUCGGGGGUCUGGAAGGAGUCACCCAGUUCGAGGAUGCUUACAAUGACACGAAUCUUCCUCUAUUCGGGUACAACAGCAUUAUUGGGCGAUCUGUUGUUAUUCAGAAGAAACAGAAAAAUGCAAGAUGGGCCUGCAGUACUUUGGAGCGUGGCUAUAGUCCCAGCGAGGCCAGGGAACUCAGAGCCAUCGCCUCAUUCCAUCAUCCCACGGGCUAUGCCUAUGGUUACGUUAAGAUGACGCAGCUGAUCCACAAUGAUGGUAGCCAGUCCGAGACAGUGAUCGAGGUGAAGUUACGGCAUCCGGGAAAGAACGAUCGGAACUCCACGAGGAACCACAAUUGGCAGAUCUUUGUUAAUCCCGUGGGAGUGGAUGCAGCCGUAAAGCCCACAAACACACGUUGUGUGGCUGGGGGAUACGUUUGGAAUCCCUACUAUACACAGCUGGCAGAUCCUUUAAAUCUGGAUCUGUAUGAGCAGGAAUGCAGUCCCGAUAAUCCUCUGCGCUGCUACGUGGGCGAUGUGGGCGCUCGUUUGGGAACUAUAGAUCUUGGUGGUGAACGCGUAGUCCUAACCGACUCCAACUUUCCUUUGGAGGCACCUGUAGGAGCCAUUGGACGAUCCAUUGUGAUCUUUGGACCCGAUCACUCCCACGAGCGAUUUGCCUGUGCGAAUAUUGAGCCCGAUCACAAUGUCAUUAAAUACAUAAACCUUCAAAAGCCACCUCGCUUCGUGGUUGCCCAGUUUCUGGAGGAAUUGCGAUCCGUGAUGGGAAUCCCAGAGUGGAUGUUGGAUGUGGAUGCCCGAAAGACCAAGGAACUGCAUGGCGGCGCCUGCAUCCAGAUGAUUAUCCACUUCAAGGGCCCUCUGGCCCAUCGCCUGGAGUUGGAUAUGUCCCGUUUGAUAGCCGCCGGUAGAUUGGAUGCUCCCAGUUUGUUUAUUCCAGGUUACGUGAACCAAAAGCGAAAGGCCACCAUAUCAUAUCGCACCUGCGGAGUUAGGGAUACCAAUGAGAAACGCACCAAAAACUUCAGGGGCGGUUUUUACUCUACAAGCUCAGCUCCAACCGAACCAAAGCCUUUCUUUUUAGCUUUCGUAGUCAUCGGCUUAGCCCUUAGGUUCCUGUAAAUUGUAUAGCAUUUUAUUAUUAUUAAAAAUCUGUCAGUAUAUUUCUGUACUUAAUACUCAAAUCGAGUUUCAAUAUCAUUGUAGUCAUAGCUUCUAGAUGUCUGUAAAUUUGAGGGCUUAUAUUUUAGAAAAAAUAAUUUAUUUAUGCCUGUAAAUACUCAAUAAAUAAAUUUUUAAAAACUGUACAGUA